GGAAGGCCGACCAAAUUAUUUCCAGUGGUGUCUCCAUCUCAUCGGGUGGUUCUGAGUUAACAAGCCACUCGACCGAGACAUCAUGGAUGAGCCAGCACUACCUGUGUCUCGGCCAAAAUAGAACAAACAAAAUCGCGAUAAUACAUUAUCAAACAAUUAUGUAACCCGAAUCCCUGGAUUUUUUUCCUCGAGACGAAGCUACAAACCCAAGGCAUUAUCACACACAGAGAUAUGGAUUAUCGCUAAAGCGGCCAAACACUGGUUUGGCUUUUGAUUGGAGAUACUGGAGGCGAUUUAACCCUUACAUUGGAGUAGGAUGUUACUAGCAUCCGCCGUAGUGGUAUGGGAAUGGCUGAACGAGCACGGACGCUGGCGGCCCUACAGCCCGGCUGUCUCCCAUCACAUCGAGGCAGUCAUCCGGAGCGACCCGCGGAGUGGUAGUGUUGUCCUCGGCCAGGUGGACUCUCGCCUCUCGCCCUACAUCAUCGACUUGCAUUCCAUGCACCAGUUCCGACAAGACACAGGAACCCUUCGACCGGUGCGACGUAGCUUCUACGACCCCACCUCAGCGCCAGGCCAGGGCUGGUUGUGGGAGUGGGAGAACGACGCUGGGAGUUGGACGGCUUACGACACUGAGGUGGGCAUCGCCAUCCAGGCGGCACGUGAUCGACAGCAGCCCUGGCUGGACCUGGCGCCGCUGGGUUUCUGCUACCUCAUUGACUUCCAAAGCAUGACCCAAAUCAACGGGCAGACGCAGCGCUGCCGACGCAUCCAGCGCCGCUCUGACCUGGCUUACCCGCUGGUGUCUGGGCCCCUGCCCAAGUCCCAUCAUGCCUGGGGCCCCAUGUCCAUGGCCAGCCCUGGAGGACUGCUAGGAGUGGGCAUGUCCGGAGUGGGCAUGGGGAUUGGAAUGAGCAGCAGUGGGACAGGUAACGGGAGCGCCUAUCCCAGCGGGGCACUUCCUGCUUCAGCCAUCACAUCGUUGGGACAGCCCUGCGCCUGUCAGCAGUGUAUGCUGGUGCUGAGUGUCAAAGCGGGCACCAUGUCGACUGCCCACACUUUGGGUCGGAGACCGCCCCAGAACAAACCACCUAGUCCCAAAAUGGGGGGUUACCCAAUCCCAGGAGGGUCCUACUCACUGACCCUCCCUCGACCACCAUCCCUUGGACGGUCGCUCUCCCCCCACAGGACGUCCAUAGGUGGGGCUGCAGGCGGGGCAGGUGUGAUGGGUUUAGGGGGUGGAGGUGUCUUUGGUGGCACUGCUGUUGGUAGCGCUGGCCUCGGUGGUGGAGGGGGGUUUGCCCACUCUCUGUCUCUCCUCGGCUCAGCCACAGCCGCCCUCUCUCUCUCCUCAACCCGACCUCCUCCUCCGCCUCUCCCGCCUCCUCCACCACCUCCCCCUCCCCCCUCCACCACACCCGCAACUGCCGCCACCUCCCCACCUCACGUGCCUACCUCAUCAUCCCUGUCUGUCUCCUCUGCCGCUUCCCUGGUGCCCACUCCAGGCCCUCCUCUCAUCUCUACAACUGCCUCCACCUGCACGCCCUCGCCUUCCGCGCGUGUCUUGGGCCCGGUGGCUUCGCCUGGCGCUGCCGCAUGUGCAGCCCCUCUGCCGCCCCGUGCCAGCCUGGCAGGGCUGAGCCGUCCCGCGCUGCAGCGCAUUGCCAUGGCUCAAUCACGUGCCCUUAUCGCCUCUGGAGUACCAACAGUUCCCGUGAAGAACCUGAAUGGAUCUAGCCCUGUGCACCCUGCGCUGGCAGGUAUCACAGGCAUCCUGAUGAGCGCAGCAGGACUCCCUGUCUGCCUGACCCGCCCCCCCAAGCUGGUGCUUCACCCUCCACCUGUAAGCAAGAGUGACAUCAAGCCUGUGCCCGGCCUGGGCCACUGCUGCCGCAAGACCACCAAGAAACAAGCCCGCAAAGGCAAGACUCCUGAGGAGGUGGUGAAGAGGUACCUUCAGAAGGUCCGCAAUCCGCCAGAGGAAGACUGCACUAUCUGCAUGGAGGCCCUGGCCGGUCCAUCCGGAUAUAAGGGCCCUGGUGUGGGAGGAAUUUCCCGAGCUGAGUCGGUGGGCCGUCUGGCACAGUGUGGCCACCAAUACCACCUCCAGUGCCUUGUUGCCAUGUACAACAACGGCAACAAGGAUGGCAGCCUGCAGUGCCCCACCUGCAAGACCAUCUAUGGAGUCAAGACUGGCAACCAGCCCCCUGGAAAGAUGGAGUAUCAUGUCAUUCCCCACUCCCUGCCUGGUCACCCUGACUGCAAAACCAUCCGCAUCAUAUACAACAUCCCUCCUGGCAUCCAGGGCCCAGAACACCCAAACCCAGGGAAACCCUUCACUGCCCGUGGAUUCCCCAGACACUGCUACCUCCCUGACAGCGAGAAGGGACGCAAGGUUCUGAGGCUGCUGCUUGUGGCAUGGGACCGCCGGCUGAUUUUCUCGGUGGGUACGUCCAGCACCACCGGGGAAUCCGACACGGUCAUCUGGAACGAGGUGCACCACAAGACGGAGUUUGGCUCCAACUUGACAGGCCAUGGCUACCCCGACCCGGGACACUUGGACAACGUCCUUGAGGAGCUGAAGGCCCAGGGGAUCACUGAGGAGGAGUGCCUACCCAGAGACUGAGCGGACAGCCGGAGAGAGACAGCCGAGAUCCAGACAUGACAAAUCAGAAGAGAGAGACAGGCCGAGAGACUUGAGCAGAGUCUAUAAACACACAAUCCCUGAGACACAAACACAACGGUCUGUUCACAGUUAAACAGAUACAGAUUAUUUUCAAAAACCCAUCCUGACAAAACGAACAGAGAGAACUUUUCACACUACAGAAAGCAGCAGAUAGAAAACAACAAGAAAAGAAAAAAAAAAAAACAGCUCAAGAAUUUGUGGAUUUAUCAACUAAGAUGCAAAAGUUUGGACAUUUUACAGAAAUAAGAGACUGGAGUUUCAGCAGUAUUUGCUGAGAUUAAAAUUUAUCUUACGACUGCAUGAGUCAGUUUUCGAUAAGUGGGAAUUAAUUUUUUUUCUUUCUUUCCUGAUGCAGUAACGGUGUCGAGAUUGCAAAUGCUAUUCAGUGAGACAUUUGAGAUCACUGUGCACAUACAAUUCAGUGUUAGUCAUUUAUACUGUGAGAAAUCAACAAAUGAUAUCAAGAAUGUACCUAACUCUGAAUUUUGCUGAAUUGGUGACCAGUUUAUCACUACUGCUGCUAUGUGGAGUAGCGGAAAAAGAAGUCAAAAGAGGUUAAAAUGAAGGGAAGCAGGAGAGGGACGAGACGUACGAAUCGAAUAUCAGUGUUUUUUUAAACUGUUAGUCCACAGGCAGAAACCGUAAGAAACUUUUCAUUGCAGACAACAGUGCUUUUAAAGUAUCUCAAGUGUUAAGACUGGACAUCUGAGCAUGGAUGUUUGCUGACCUCUAGUGGUACUUAUCCAGAACUACAUUCCUUUUUAGGCUUGAUUUUUGAAAUUGUAUUGCUGUAUAUUAUGGAUACUUGAUAUGUGAUAUUGUUUCCAUUUAUAUCAUUUUUUUAUAUUUACAUUUUCAUUUUGACUUAUCAUUUUAUAUGGUGUAUUUGAUUGCAUUAAUUUCCGUGUGGUGUGACAGAGGGAGAGAGAGAGAGAGAGAGAGAGAGAGAGAGAGAGAGAGAGAGAGAGAGAGAUAUGGGGGAAAGUGAAGCCGUUCUGGUGUUUGCCUGACACUUUAAUGCCAUUUACCAGUCCCCUUCAGUAUUAACAAUCAUUUCCAAUAUUUUGUAUAUGAUAGGUUGACCUUCACAAGCUGACAUUCCUAAUUGUUCUUCCCUCAGAGCAUGAGUGCAUUUGAUAGCUUUGUCUUCUUGUAUCUGCGCUGAUGUUAAAGACUGACAGAAGACGCUACCGUGGAUUACUACCAUUCCCCCCAGGAGGAGUGAGGUCACUGAAGGCUAGGAUUGGACCUGCUGCCUGAGCUCAGAUUUGCACAAAGUGUGGUCUUUCUACUUAUUAAGAUGCUCAAAUGGAAACGGAUUAUUUCAGUCAAAGCUAGACUGGUUGAGGUACAGUGUUACAGCUUGUAUUUGUUUUUGGGUAGGACACACACACACACACACACACACAUAUACACACACCAGCCUCAAAGGUAUCAAAACUGGAGUGUGGUCAUCUGUUGUUUUCGUCAUACCCAUGUUAUGUUUUUGCCAUAAACAGGUGCAAAAGACUAUCUCUUGUUGUGGAUCCAGCUUUGGCCAAAAUGGUCCGGUCAGUUUGCAUUAGGUCCAUCAUGGACCUGUUUAAUAUGAGGUACUUUAGACAAGAUGUACAACAGUAUGUGUUAACAUACUAAUGUAGGCCAACAUUAAAAAAAACAAACAAAAAAACAUUUAUACUUUAUACUAUAAUACUUUAUGUAUGCACUGUAUGUAUGUGUUUUAUGUGCACAAAUUUACAUUAAACAUUUUUCUAAGGUAUAAAUGUAUAACAGAGCUGUAUUCUGGUUUACUCCCUGAUAUUAUGUAAUGUUUUUAUGCCAGCUGUACCAUUCUUUUUUUUUUAGUUCAUCACUGUAUCACUUUCUGGGUUUUCUGAACCCAUGAACCUGCUAUUGCAUCACACAGAGUAAAAUUACAAAUGUAAUUCUUGUCAUAUAUACUUGACUGGAGGAUACCUUUUGAAAAAUGUCCCAGAAUGUUUUGGCCAGAGCCAAUCAAUCAGAAAUCAGUCUGAGCUGGUUCAGGCCCCCUCUGGGUUUAGGAGUAUAGUUUUUUCUGCUAUACCUCUGAUUUAUGUCUAUUCAGUUUUUGCACUGUUGAGUUUGCUAUGUAAAACCUUAAUUUCCCAGUGACUGUUCAUCUACACUGUUCAGCGGUAGUUUGAGGUUCAUGAUCACUUUGUAAAAAAACAAAACAAAACAAAACAAACAUUAAAAAAAAAAAAAAAACUGUUGAUCAAAACUUUGUAUAAAUUGUUAUGGAAAGAAAUGAAUAAGCUGCCAACAAGAGUUUGACCACUGAAAGUAGUAAUAUGUAUAAAGUAAAAGCAACUUGAAUAUAAAGUGCAGUGGGACUAUUAAACUGAAAAAUGAGAAAUGAAAA